GAGUUUACUCCAAGUGCCUGAGCAAAGGGGAAAGUUGUGUCUCAGUAUAGGACUGAGGUGUAGAUUGUUCUGUAAAAACGUGUAGAUAUGCACAUAUAGUGACUAUUAGAGUGGUUAUGGAUUUAAAUCAACUAUUUUGAAUGUGAAGUGGAGGACGUGAAGACCAGUAAAGUUAAAAUGGCAGAGUCCAGAGUUCAUAAUCAGUUUAAACUCACCUCAGAAGACUAUGUGUGGACUGAUGUUGAUGAAGAUGUCACCCUCCCCUGUCACCUCUCACCUGACACCAGUGCUGUUGCCAUGACGAUCAGGUGGUUUAAAGAGACAGAGUGUAUUUACCUGUAUAAGAAUGGUCAGGUGACAGAGAGGAGUGACUAUGAGGGCAGAGUGAGUCUGAUCACCCAGGAGCUGGAGAGAGGCAACGUGUCUCUGAGGCUGAGAGACUUCAGGAGGUCAGAUACAGGAUUCUACAUCUGUCAGGUCAUCCAUGGAGAACAGAAGGAGGAGGCUGCAGUGGGUUUAUGGGAAAGAGAAGUACCAGAAAAACUCUCAGGAUCACAGUAUUUACAAUGUGAGACCCAGGAGAACAAGCUGAAGAGGGAGGCAUCAGCUGGUGAGCUUGAGUUGAAGAUGGAAAAAGAAUUAAAAGAGAUAUUAAGACAGGAGAUGAAACAACUAAAGGAGAAAGACACACAACUGGAUGAUAUGACCCAGGAAGUGAGAGAGAAAGAGAGACUCCUGGAUGAUAUGACCCAGGAAGUGAGAGAGAAAGAGAGACUCCUGGAGGAGAUGAACCAGAUAAUGGAACAGAGGGAGAAACUAUUAAAAGAGAAAGAAAACCAACUGGAAGAGAAAGACAAGCAACUAAAGGAUAGAGACAUUCAACUAGAGGCUCUGAGAAAGAACCUGCAGGACAAGAACAGCCAAGUAGAGAACUUCAGAGUCCUACUGCAGGAAAAAUACCUUCAACUAGAGGACAGGAACCACAGACUGGGAGAGAAGGACAGACUACUGGAAGAGAGAGACAAACAACUAAAGGAUAGAGACAUUCAACUAGAGGACAGGAACCACAGACUGGGAGAGAAGGACAGACUACUGGAAGAGAGAGACAAACAACUAAAGGAUAGAGACAUUCAACUAGAGGACAGCAACCACAGACUGGGAGAGAAGGACAGACUACUGGAAGAGAGAGACAAACAACUAAAGGAUAGAGACAUUCAACUAGAGGACAGGAACCACAGACUGGGAGAGAAGGACAGACUACUGGAAGAGAGAGUCAAACAACUAAAGGAUAGAGACAUUCAACUAGAGGACAGGAACCACAGACUGGGAGAGAAGGACAGACUACUGGAAGAGAGAGACAAACUACUGGAAGAGAGAGACAGACUACUGGAAGAGAGAGACAAACUACUGGAAGAGAGAGACAAACUACUGGAAGAGAGAGACAGACUACUGGAGGGAAAAGAAAAUGAACUAAAAGAGAGGAGACAGGAAGUAGAAGAGAGGAGACAGGAAGUAGAAGAGAAAGACAACCUACUAGAGGAGAGAGAGAACCAGUUAAAGGAGAGAGACAAACAGGUGGAGGAUGUCAACAAUGAAAAUGCUGAACUGGCUCAACAGAUAUGUGAUGUGAAGACUGAGGUAGAGAGACUGAGAAGAGAGAUCUCAGCCCAGAUGACUGAACAUGGAGAGACGUCAGAUACAGGUUCCAUACUCCCAGUCAGGAGGAGAGACAGCAUGGAGGUUCCUCCAUCCAUGGGAGGAGAGACCUCAGAUACAGACCCCACACUUCCACUGAGGAGGAGACACAGCAUGGAGUUACCUCAUCCAUAUAUGGGAGGAGAGACCUCUGAUACAGACCCCACACUUCCACUGAGGAGGAGACACAGCAUGGAGUUAAUUCCUCCACAUAUGGGAGGAGAGAGCAGCAGUCCAGACUCCACAGUGUCUCCCAGUGUGUCUGAGCUGAGACUGGUGCUGCUGGGGAGGACUGGGGCUGGGAGGAGUGCAGCAGGAAACACCAUCCUGGGCAGAGAGGAGUUUGGGGCCCAGGCCAGCCCCUCUGCAGUGACCCAGAGGAGUAAGAGGAGAGAGGGGGACGUGUGUGGGAGACGGCUGGUGCUGGUGGACACUCCAGACUGGUUCUGUCCUGGACUCUCUCUGGAGGAGAUGAGACAGGAUGUGGGGCUCUGUGUCCGUCUGUCUGCCCCGGGACCCCACGCCUUCCUCCUGGUCAUACCAGUGGAGCCCUCUAAGGGGGAGGAGAGAGGGGUGCUGGAGAGAAUAGAGGAGAUGUUUGGGGAGGGUUGUUGGGGACACACUGUGAUUCUAUUCACCCAUGAUGAUGGCCUGAAAGAGCAGAGCAUUGAGGAGUUUCUCCAAGCAGGAAGUCAGGACCUCCAGCAGCUUGUGGAGAAAAGUGGGAGCAGGUACCACGUCCUCAACAUUAAGGACAGGGCCCAUGGCACUCAGGUAUCAGAGCUGCUGGAUCAGGUAGAGGAGAUGGUGGCAGGAAACAGAGAGAGAUUCUACAGCAGUCAGACCUACCAGGAGGCAGAGGACCAGGUUAGAAAGAUGGAGGGAAACAUCCAGAGAGAGAGAGGAGAGAGGAAACAGAGGGAGGAGAGAGACUUGAGAGAGAGGCUUCAGAAGGAGUUGCAGGACUCUCUGAUAAAGAUAGAGGGAGUGAUCCAGGAACAUGAGGGAGAUAUCAGAACACUCAGUGAAAGAACCAGUGAACUGGAGAGACAGGUGAAAGAAGAGAGGGAUGAGGAGAAGAAAAGAGAGCUGGAGAGGGAGCUGAAGAGGGAGUCUGAUAGGAGGGAGGAGAUGGAGAGAAAGCUGGAGAGAUUUAGAGAGAAGAGAGAGAAUGAGAGGAGUGAGAUGGAGGAGAGACACAGACAGGAGAUGGAGAACUAUGAAGGACAGGCCAGAGUUGAAGCAGAGAGAAACCUGAUGAAGAUAGUCCUACCUGAGUUACAGAGGAACAUCAUGAUCUCACAGACAAAGAUGGAGAGGGAGUUCAGCAGACAGAUGGAGGAGAAGAAUAGACAGAUGAAGGAGAAGGAUAGACAGAUGAAGGAGAAGGAUAGACAGAUGAAGGAGAAGGAUAGAGAGAUCGAGGAGAAGGAUAGAGUGAUUGUGGAAAGGGAUGGAGAUAUAGAGGGACUGAUAGAAAGACUGAGGGAAAUGUGUAAAUGAGUUAUUGUAACUAGCCUGAAGAAGUGCUGGGAUACAUGGAGAGGUAGAAGACAGGGAGAACUGAUGAAGAUCUGAGGAAUGUUUGGGCAGAUGUAACCUAGUUCACCAUUUCACUGAAUUGGCCUGACAACGAGGUUAGAGAUGAGAUGACUGUUUCAUGGAGGGAUUGGAGAAGCUAGAGAUAAUAACAUGAUAUUUAUCUGACAAUGUAAGAACAACCUGAUAGUCUGUCCUGUGAUGAGUGUCAUGGUGGGAUAACAGGUCAGAAUACUGUCUGAUCCUGUCUAGAACAACCUGAUACUCUGUCCUGUGAUGAGUGUCAUGGUGGGAAAACAGGUCAGAAUACUGAUCCUGUCUAGAACAACCUGAUACUCUGUCCUGUGAUGAGUGUCAUGGUGAGAAAACAGGUCAGAAUACUGUCUGAUCCUGUCUAGAACAACCUGAUACUCUGUCCUGUGAUGAGUGUCAUGGUGGGAAAACAGGUCAGAAUACUGUCUGAUCCUGUCUAGAACAACCUGAUACUCUGUCCUGUGAUGAGUGUCAUGGUGGGAAAACAGGUCAGAAUACUGAUCCUGUCUAGAACAACCUGAUACUCUGUCCUGUGAUGAGUGUCAUGGUGAGAAAACAGGUCAGAAUACUGUCUGAUCCUGUCUAGAACAACCUGAUACUCUGUCCUGUGAUGAGUGUCAUGGUGGGAUAACAGGUCAGAAUACUGAUCCUGUCUAGAACAACCUGAUACUCUGUCCUGUGAUGAGUGUCAUGGUGGGAAAACAGGUCAGAAUACUGUCUGAUCCUGUCUAGAACAACCUGAUACUCUGUCCUGUGAUGAGUGUCAUGGUGGGAAAACAGGUCAGAAUACUGAUCCUGUCUAGGUCAAAAUCUGUACUUCUGCCCCUGAGCAAGGCAGUUAACCAAAUGAUCUCCGGGCGCCGAAGACGCAGAUGUCGAUUAUGGCAGCCCCCCCCCCUCUCAUUCAGAGGGGUUGGAUUAAAUGCAUAAGACACAUUUCAGUUGAAUAAAUUCAGUUGAAAACGGAUUACGUUUCCCCCCCUUUUACACUGUCUAGAGAGAGAGGGAGGGAGGUCUGUAAAGAUAUUGAUGAGAUUUAACACAGAAUUCCAAACCAACGUAGAUUAUUGACCUUUGCACUGCAGCCUUUUAGAAUGGAGAGGGUUGUGGGGGGUCAGGAGGUCAGCGGGCGGAGUCAGAGACUGAGAACUCUAAAGAUCUGAGUGAGACUUUUACUCAGUGUUUGAGGAGGUCUACUAUUGAACAGAGAACCAUACUGUAUCUAACACACACUACUUCCUGUUCUUAUUCAAAUUGUUUCAUGUUGAAACUUUUGUCUCCUACUUUUAUAUUUUCUUGGUUGGUGUUUUGUAUGGUUCCCAAUUAGAGGCAGCUGGUAAUCGUUGUCUCUAAUAUGGAAUCAUAUUUAAAUAACAGUUUUACCACCUGUGUUUGUGGGAUAUUGUUUUGUGUUUGUGGGAUAUUGUUUUGUGUUUGUGGGAUAUUGUUUUGUGUUUGUGCACCACGUAGUCACGGUUCGUUGAUCGUUUACUGAUUUUAAUGAUUUACGACAUUUAAAUGGCUCCUUGUGGUUCGGUGAACCAAGCUGGUGUAAUAAGUCACCAUAUCUGACACCUGAAGACUGGUGGAAGCCAACACAGUCUUCUGAUCCACACGAGACUCUGGCUCCAAACCAAUCUGUUCGUAAGAGUUAUUUAAUGUUGAGGAGAGUGAGAGGUCUACAGAUGUCACGCCCUGACCUUAGUUAUCUUUGUUUUCUUCAUUAUUUUGGUUAGGUCAGGGUGUGACUAGGGGUGGUUUGUUGUGUUUUUGUCCUGUCUAGGGGUUUUGUACUGUCUGGGGUUUUUGU